CAUCCCUGGGCGUGAACAGUAAAACCGAUGGCAGAGCGAUAGACCGCCCGGCUUUGAAUCCUGCCAUUAUCGCUGGUCGCUCCACUUCAUCCCGCAAAACGUUGUUUGCAAACGAAAGUUUGCAAACCGAAAGAUCGAAAACCGCUCAUCGCAACAUUGCGUUGGACCGUGGUGAUCGACGAUCCAUCCAGACCAGUCGGCCCUGAACCUGAACAAUCCCGGCAAUUCUUUACUUCCGGCGUGGUGGUGGAACUGCUCGGUUGCACAGAAUGUCGCACACGAUACUGUUGGUGCAGCCGGGGCGCAAUCCGGAAACACGCACAUACAGCGACUACGAGAGCGUGAACGAGUGUAUGGAGGGUGUGUGCAAAAUCUAUGAGGAGCACCUGAAGCGCCGCAACCCGAACACACCCACCAUCACCUACGACAUCAGCCAACUGUUUGACUUUGUAGACCAGCUCGUCGAUCUGAGUUGUCUCGUUUAUCAGAAGUCGACCAACACCUACGCACCAUACAACAAGGAAUGGAUCAAAGAGAAAAUCUACGUGCUACUCCGACAGGCCGCUGGCAACACAGACUAACGGAUAGCUCCUUGAAGUAACCGAUCGGAACUGGCUGAUGGUGACAUGAGUUGCGAGCUGCCAGCAGGGCCCGUUCCGGACACCAAAAGAUGAGUUACGUUAGCUAGAUACUAAGCGGCAGCAAGGGGGGGUUAAGGAGAGCGAAAGAAAGACCAACACGUACACGCGUGUGAAUCGAUCCAUCGAUCGAAUCGAUCCAUGGAUCGAAUCGAUCAAUUCGUUCGAUCCGCAAGCGUGCAUGUGUUGGUCUGUCUUAUCAUAUAAAUAUAUGUAAUGGGCGGGAUCCGCGCAUGGUCUAAGAAGAAGAGAAUAACAAACAAUAAACCGUAAAAUCAUUCUGAUUUUGAA